CCCUCUUCGCCCGCUGUCCGCCAGCGCCUUGCGCCCAUCACAAUGCCCCCCUCCUCCAGCAGGCGGGUCGGCCUGCGUACUCGCCGCGACCCAGAUCCCCAGCAGCAAUCGGAUGUUGACACACCGGAUUCUAUAGCCACGCCUUCCCGCAAGCGCAGACGGGUAGCUACGCCUCAGCAUGAUCAGGAAUCAGACCAGAGGAAAGGUGCACGCAUACACUCCCAGCUCAACACAGAUACCGCCGAGUACCACCAGUCCGAGAAUACCCCACGCACUCGCAUCACCGAGUCCAUGGCCAGUAACGACUCCGAUGCGACGCUUCCCAACGGCAACGAUGCAGAUGUGCCCACAGAGCCAAUCGAACGCCAGAAUCUCAUAAUCAACUCCCUUCGCGCCCCACAGUAUUACACUCCCCAUGCUGCUAUUGACUAUGCCAACGAUCUGCAGCUGCGCAAGAUGGAGGGUGACAAUAUUGCUGCCUUCGCCAAAGUCGCUGGUCGGGACUGGUGCUUUUUUGUCCAAAAGCUACGCUUCAUUAUUGGCCGGUCAGACGUUACCUUUCGCACAACUCCGCGCGGUCAGCCACCCGUAUCUGAGGGUUUAUCUCAUAGCGAUGGGGCUACUAAUGAAUGGGGGGUCGAUAUUGAUCUAGGCCCUGAGCGGCAGAUUUCCCGAGUUCACGCUGAAAUAAACUACGACUCCACCGCCGAGACGUGGUAUAUCACCGUCAACAGCCGCAAUGGCCUCAAGCUGGAUGAUCAGACGCUGCAAAAAGGCCAACGGGCUGCGCUCCACUCGGGUAUUUGCAUUAGCAUCAUGAGUACCCAGAUGGUUUUCCUCCUGGCAAAGGAAGAAGACUCGUUCCAUCCCAUGUUGUGGCGUCAAGUGAAGAUAGACCGGGAGAUUGACGGAUCCGACGACGACGACGCAAACCCACCCAAUCGGGCUCUCCCCCACGCGCAUCCCAACGGUCCGACGCCAAAGCGGGAGUACGACCCGUUUCCCCCAACCUCUGCGCGCCAGAGGGCUGCUGCCCAGGCCUUGCUAACUUCGACCCCUGGCCGUCCCAAUCCCAAUACUCCCAUGGCCUUCCGUUCCGCAGAGAAGCAUCCACGAAGUCAGGACUCGCCCGCUACGUAUCCUCGCGGCAUGAUGAUGGAUUCGACCGAAGACAUUGACUACAGCAAAGAUUCGGCCAAGGAUAUCAAGCCACCCCACAGUUAUGCACAACUCAUUGGCCAGGCCAUUCUCAGCAGCCCAGAUGAAAUGCUCACCCUUGCUAACAUUUAUGAUCACAUCAAAUCACGUUAUGCUUUCUUCCGCCACACCAGCGCCGGCUGGCAAAACUCGAUCCGCCACAAUCUAUCGCUCAACAAAAGCUUCGAGAAAAUUGCCCGCCGCACCGACGAACCUGGCAAGGGAAUGAAGUGGAAAAUUGCCGAUUCCGAGCGGGAAGAUUUCGUAAAGAAGCAGAUGCUUAACCCUCGCAAAGGCGGCGGUGCUUCAUUUCCGCUGGGAACGUCUGCACCUAGCUCACCUGCGAUAGGCCAUCCCUCUUCCCAGAGAGACCAUCGGGAGCCUUUGCAUGCAUCGGAACGACUUCAGGGUGCCCUCAACCAGGAUGUAUUUGGAAAGCAGAACAUCAAAUCCCCUCCGCGCUCGGCUACUCCGCCAUUGUCUUCGAUCCCAGUAGCAAACCAAUCAUUUACUCCCGAGCGAGGCCCUCGCUCCCAGUCGAAUCUCAAGCAGUCACCAACCCUCCGCGAUAGAGACCGAUUUGUUACUCCCGCUAAACGACUCCUCUUUCCCGAUGCAGAUGACGGCCGCCAACCAUCUUUUGCGAAAAUGGCAGGUGCACACCGCGGUCUGGAAUCAUCGCCAACUGCGGAGCCUGUCAAGCAGAAUGUUAGCGGAUUGCGAGGAGAAGCUGCAAACUCUCCACCACCACUGUAUUCGGAUCCACCUGGGAAUAGCGCUGGCGGUAAUCAGGAAGCCCAUCGGCACAGUAACGCGCUCGUCACUCCUCUCGUAUCGCGCCAUGCCCCACGACUUGCGCCUCCAAGCACGGCCCAGGUUCCUAGCCAAUACAUGAACUUCUCAAGCCCAGCACCAUUCUGGAAGUUCAUGGACCUUCCAAGUACCCCCGCUAGAGCACCUGCCGAUCUCAGCCCUAUAAAGCUGCGACACAAUGUCGAUCGAGAAGCACAAGACGAAUCGGUUCAACCCAGCUCCCCUCCGCUGAUCCGCGAAGAUGAGCCCAGUGACGAGCCCGAAGAGGAUAAAGACGACGAAAACAAGGGCGAGGAAGACGAGGACGUUGGGCCUGAGAGUCCAAGCCGCACAGUUUCUCGUCCGGUCAGCCGCCAGGUCGGUCCCCACCGGUCCCGGUCAAACUCUAACAUGAAUGGGUUUGAACCCAAGCCUGUGAACGGGGGCAUGGUUCGCGGGGCGAGUCUGGGAUCCUUUGAAGAGGAGCCCGAAGAGGAAGGCUUCGAUCUUUCCAAGGGUUUCCAGAAAAUUGGCUCGUUCCAUCGCAAUUUGGCGCAAGCACAUGGCGUUGUGGGACGAGGUUCGUAG